CACAACCUAAAGAAAUAAUGGCCGAGCAUGAUCAUGAUGAUGAUCAUGAUAUAAUCCCAUUGCAAGCAUCGCCUGGAUUUCGAUUUUUUCCAACAGAAGAAGAGUUAAUAUCUUUUUACCUUCGCCAAAAACUUCGUGGAGGAAGAUCUGAUCAUAUCAAUCGAGUUAUCCCUGUGGUUUAUAUCUAUGAUUAUAAUCCUUGGGAUCUUCCAAAUUUAUCUGGGCAGCAAUGUAGGGGUGAUCCACAACAGCAAGAAUGGUUUUUCUUCAUACCAAAACAGAAGAAAGAAGCAGCGGGUGGGCGUCCGAACCGCUUAACAGAUACCGGGUACUGGAAAGCAACCGGAUCUCCUGGGUUUGUUUAUUCAUCAACUCAGAAUAAGAUCAUUGGUGAGAAGAGGACCAUGGUAUUCUACAAUGGAAGAGCACGUAGUAGAUCAGGAUCUAAGACUGAAUGGAAAAUGAAUGAAUAUGUAGCCGUUGAUGAAGAUUAUGAUCAAGCCUCCGCUUCAACUAAUCCUCCUCCACCUCAAAAGGGAGACUUCACAGUAUGCAGAGUUUACAUAAAGUCAAAAUGCUUGAGAGCAUUUGAUAGAAGACCAGCUGCACCACCCAUUAACAGAUCACAACCAUUAAUAACACUUCAUCAUCAUGAUGAUCAUCAGCCAAGUUCAUCUAAUCAUCAUCACCAUCAAGAUGAUCAAACUGAUCCACAAGCAAGGGCACAGAUUGUAAGGUGUAUCUCAAGCGAAAGUUCCUCAUCAUCAGGAGAUAAUCAAGCAGCUAAUAAUAAUAACAAUAUUAUUAUAAAUAAUCCGUCUGAAUAUCACUACAACAAUAAUGAUAAUAAUAACAACAAUAUGAACAUGGAUAUUGAUGAGCAGCAAACAACUGUAUGGGAUUGUGAUUGGGAUUGGGAUUGGAUAAAUUGGAGUUUUUCCAACUUUUGAUAAUUUUAGAUUGAAGACUUGUCAAGCUAAGUCUUAUGUUAAUUUUGUCGAAUUGUAAUAUUAAGCAGAUGGAUAAAGUAGUAGGUAGAUGUAUUACUAUAAAGCCAACAAUUGGACUAAAAACUUUAAGUUAAGCUCAAAAAUUGGUUUUAUAUUGCAUUAUAUCUACUUAUUUUCAAUUG